AUCUCACGGAGGUAUAAGAUGUUUCGAAUCCGUUUUGUAUCUCUGUUGUAGGUACGAAACCUUGAUGCAGUCGUUAUGCCAGUUGGUACCGGAGGAAUGCUUUCCGGAGUAUCCGUGAUCAUCAAGUCCAUUCGUCCCGAGAUCCGCGUCUACGGAGCUGAACCGGAGGUUGCAAAUGACGCAGCCAUGUCCCUCAGCAGCGGAGAGCGGUGCACCUUUUCCCGGUUCCCACAGAGCAUAGCUGAUGGGCUAAAUGGAAACAUUGGUACAGUCCCAUGGACAUACAUCCGGAGCAAUGUGGACGACAUCUUCACUGUUUCAGAGGACGAAAUAAAGAUUGCAAUGCGGCUGGUAUGGGAGAGGAUGAAGCUUGUAGUGGAGCCAUCAGGAGUGGUGGGCUUGGCCGCGGCGUUGAGUGACAGCUUCAAGGCACGAGCGGGAGGGUGCAAGAACGUCGCCGUGAUUCUGUCGGGAGGGAACGUGGAUCUCAGUAAACUGUCUGAGUUCCUGCAGAUGUGACUUUACUUUCUGGACUUAAAUGAUGGUACCCCGCACAGCAGUCCCUUAGCAAACACAUAGAAGUAACAGAAAACGAGUGAUGGUAAAAGGGAAGAAAAAAAGUCACAACUUUUAGCCCCACCUGUUGUAAGCUCCUCGCAAUUCAGCCCCUGGCUGCGAACAGAGGGUAGUCGACCCACCCAACAUAAUCUCAUCUCCCGAAAAUUGUAUACUGAAAGACCUUUCAAAUGAGAUGUUGGCAUCUUCAUUGUGAUUGAUGAAACCCGGUGCAGGAAAGGUUUGGAUGAAUAUACAUAAGGUACAAUGUAUCUGGAUAUCACAUGAGAUGGAGUCACAACGCUGACUACCGGGUCUUGCGUAUACUGCAGUACUGUAGUUGUAUGAUGUUGACAGAGCUCAAGCUACGUAUUUUAAUCUGUAUUAGAUAUUUUUCAAUUCUUAUGAUCUACAAAGUAUAAUGUAUUACAACCAGUAUGCAAUAUCCUGCAAGUGCAGCAUUGCUAAUCUUAUGUAAAUCGAUUGCUUAUCUUAUGUAACUUAUGAUUGAGGGUAAUAAUCACUGAGAUGUUUCAAGACAUCAAUCUUGAAUGACUAUAAUCUCUGAUCUCACCUAAAAUCACCCUCGACGAUAAGGCUAGUGAUGUAU